AUGGAAAAUCUUCAUUUUUUCAUGGUUCUCUUCCCUCUCCUGAAUCUCCAAUUUCCUUCUUUUCUACUUCUCUCAUCAGCUUCCACUCUUCCCACCAAGUACUUUAUCAAUUGUGGAUCCAUAUCCAACAUAUCAUUGAGUGGUCGGGAGUUCGUGGGUGACCUGAAUUUUGGCUCCUUCUCUGUUGGACCAAGUUCUGCAAUCAGUAUUGUCACCACCAACUCAUCAACAGAUACGUCUCUUUAUCAAACUGCCAGAAUUUUCAAAAACCAAUCUUCAUUUGAUUUUGAUAUCACUGAUUUUGGCAUUUAUUAUGUUCGUGUCCACUUCUUUCCUUUUUCCUCCGGGAGGAUUAAUCUGGCCGAUGCCCACUUCGAUGUUUCAGCCUUUAAUUUCUCGCUGUUGUCAAACUUUCGAAUUCAAGACAAUAGCAACUCACCUCUGAUUAAAGAAUACUUACUCACUAUCAAUGCAACCAAAUUCAGCAUCCACUUUACUCCUCGGAGAGAAUCUUUUGCUUUUGUAAGCGCCAUCGAAGUCUUUCUUGUUCCGGAUAAAGAGUUCGUCGAGGAUGACUUUGAUCUAAUUACUCCCAGUGGCCUGAGCAAUGUUAGAUACUAUGGUGUACGAUCUCAGGUUUUACUUACAAUCCACAGGGUCGAUGUUGGAGGUCCACAGAAUAACGACUCACUCUGGAGGAAUUGGAUACCGGAUGAUAAAUAUCUACUCCCAGGAGAAUCUGGGAAAACCUGUGUUCCUUAUGAAGGUACGCUUCACUAUGAUGUUAAUGGAGCAAAUAAUUAUUCUGCAUCGGAUCUUGUCUACAAGACAUGUCGAGAAUUGAACUUAGAUAGCAGCAAAGGGUCAUCAAAUUUUUCGAAAAUAACAUGGCGUUUUGACGUGAGUAGGAGCGCCACGCAUCUGGUUCGGCUGCACUUUUGUGAUAUUAUCAGUGAAAAUGCUGGUGAUGUCUUCUUUAAUCUCUAUUUUUAUGGUAAUUUCACUCACAUGAUCUCUACAAAUAACAUUAGUGAUCUGUUGGCUGCUCCACUUUACUACGAUUUGGUGGUUGAAUCAGAUGACUCGGGAUCCAUGGAUAUUAGUGUAGGGCCUAGGCAGGAUUCUAAAACUAAAUCUGCCUAUCUAAAUGGGGUGGAGAUUUUGGAGUUUAUGAGGGAGUCUAAUUUUGUUGAUGUUCCCAGUAAUGAAACUGUUAAGCCCUAA